AUGUCAGCUGCCGGGGACUGGUCCCCCGAAAACCCCAUCCUGGCCUACCUGCAAACGAUAGCCGCAACCAAAAAAACCCUCCCUCAUGGACAACCCAUCGUCGCCUACCUCUCCCACAACUUCACCGACUCCGCUUCGCUCCUGCGGCUGGCCGCCGAGCUGGGCCCCUACAUUGCAGUCUUGGAAAUCGCGGCCGAUUGUGUCGAUGACUGGUCCAGCGAUGUGAUCGAACAGCUCCAGCAGGUAGCCCGGGAACAUGGCUUCCUCCUGUGGGAAGCCAGCAAGAUCCUGAACUCCAUGGUGAACUUCAUGGGCAGAGCGGACGCGCCGCUGGAGUCGAGGCAGGCCCUGGCAGACUUGAUCAAGAAAACAUAUACCAGCGGUCCAUUGAAGACCGCAACGUGGUCGAAUCUCGCAACCUCCUGGGCCCCGGCAGCCCCCAUUGAUCAGCAAGAAAAGGACGUAUUGAUCCCCACCCUACGACUGGCGGCCCGCGAGGCAGUGGCGACAACGACGAAGACCAUUCAAACGGAGAUCUUCGCAGACUCCAAUAACUACUCAUCUGGAGAGGAGGUGGAAAUCACACCCCCAUUCGGGGAAUCGAGUAGUGGCUGGCAAGAAUUCAGCCCGCAGAAUAUGGGCUCGGCACUUCGGAAAUCAUCCACCAUCUCAGUCACCACCGAAUCCGUCAUUCCACAGCCACACUUGCAGGGAGAUAACGGGGCAGCAAACGUGCCGCUGCUGGCCCGCGGCGUAACCCUUUGUUUACCCGGUGCCAUUGAGACCGCCUUCACCCCCGAGUACCGCCAAAGCACGAUAGUCGCCGCAUGCGCCAAUUCGGAUUUCGUCAUCGGCUUCGUAACGACCGAGCCGUUCUUUGUCAAUCAUCGAGGAACUGAUCUCUUCGAAUUGGCUAUGCUUGAUGGCAACGGCAAUGCGCAAGAAGGCAUGGACUGUGCUAAAUUCGCCACCUCGCCCUAUGUCAGUGAACAGCAAAGGUCCCUCGGUGUCUUCUCGCUUGUGCCACCUGCUCUGGGUCUGGACUUUGAGCUCGAUCCGACAUUCAGACCCAAUGGGAAUGUUUUAUCUAGCUUUGAGCCGGAAACUCCUGCCUCCGUGCAAUACCUCUUCCAUAUCACCGGGAAAGCCGUCGCGCAGAGGGAAAAGAACAGAAAGGAGCGUGAGGGUGACACAUUGAAGACCGGAACGCCCGAGGGUCCUAAAAUCGUGCAUCUUCCGGUGAUCCUAAUUGCAUAA